AUGGCAGGUCUCCCUGACAAAACGGGAAAAGCUGGUCUUACAGAGGAGGAAGCGAGUCGAUAUGAUCGGCAAAUGAGACUGUGGGGAAUAGAGGCACAACAGAGGAUGCGGAAUUCUACUAUUCUAGUUAUCCGUCUGCGAGGUGUUGCAACAGAGUCCAUAAAGAACAUGGUUUUGGCAGGCAUUGGCACACUCGUGGUUGUUGAUGGAGAAGACGUCGCCGAGGAGGACCUAGGCGCUGGUUUUUUUUAUAGAGAUGAAGAUUUCGGGAAGAACAGGGUUGAUGCUGCCAAGGCAAGAAUAGAAAGCCUUAAUCCACUUGUCAAUGUGGAGACGAUCUCAAAUAGUUCAGCAUUGGAGGGCGAGGAAUUUGAAGCGCUUGUGAGGAGGGUUGACCUUGUGUGCGCUACAGAUUUGGACCAAAACACUCUUGUUCGUAUGAACGCGGUGUGCCGUCAAUUUGAGAAACCCUUCUAUGCUGGAGGUACAUACGGACUUGUGGGAUACAUCUUUUGUGAUUUGCUGCGACACGAAUACCUCGCUCUCGACCGCUCUACACCUCAAGAGCAGGCAAAAACUAUCAAAACGUCAGCUGUCUAUAGUCCUCUGCAAGAGGCUAUUCGUUAUCGCUGGUCCAACCUUACCAAAAGGCAAACGAAGGAGAUUAAUCCUGCCCUUGUAUUUGCCACUCUCGCGCUUUGGCAAUUCCAAUCACUUCACAGACAGCUACCAGACGACAUCACACAUGCUGAUGAACUAGAAGCAACGGCUAACUCCUUGCUGCUGUCCGCGGACGUUAACAAACAAGUCCUUAGCAGCGUGCCCCGCUCCCUUAUCGAAUCAAUUUCGACAACAGCCGGCCACGAGUUCUCUCCCGUUUGUGCAAUUGUGGGCGGAAUGCUAGCGCAAGACAUUCUCAAAGCACUGGGAGGCCGCGAGCCACCCAUUGCCAAUUUUUUCUUCUUCGACGGUAACACCGGAGGUGGUACUGUCUGCCGCAUGAAUAUGCCGUGA